CCCCUUAGCUCGUCUUUCUUCCGGGGUGGGAUUUCCUGGCCAUCAUUGUUAGGCGCCCGGCUGCCGAGCUGGUAGGAGGGUCAGACAGGAGGGUCAGUCUGGCUGGCGAGGUCUGAUGUCCCUCUAAAGAGAACCCGGGAGGGCGGUCUUCCUCACUCUCUUUUUCCUCCCCUUGAGGCCUCGGUUUGCGCGGACGCCCUAGGUUUUUGGCACUAUCACCCACCUGAGGCCCUUCCGCUUCCUCUUUCCCCAGGCUCCGCCCCCCAGCGUCCUGUGGCCAUGACGACGGUCCUGCGAGACUCCCUGGUGUGGAAGCUCGCGGGGCUGCUGCGGCAGUCGGGGGAUGUGGUCCUGUCUGGCUGCAGCACACUGAGCCUGCUGACUGCCACCCUGCAGCAGCUGAACCACGUGUUUGAGCUGCACCUGGGGCCAUGGAGUCCUGGCCAGACAGGCUUCGUGGCUCUACCCUCCCACCCUGCCGACUCCCCAGUCAUCCUCCAGCUUCAGUUCCUCUUCGACGUGCUGCAGAAAACGCUUUCACUCAAGCUGGUCCAUGUCCCUGGUCCUGGCCCUCCAGGGCCCAUCAAGAUUUUCCCCUUCAAGUCCCUUCGGCAGCUGGAGCUCCGAGGUGUCCCCCUCCACUGCCUGCGUGGCCUCCGUAGCAUCUACUCCCAGCUAGAGACCCUGAUUUGUAGCAGGAGUAUCCAGGCAUUAGAGGAGCUUCUCUCGGCCUGUGGGGGCGACCUCUGCUCUGCCCUCCCCUGGCUGGCUCUGCUCUCUGCCAACUUCAGCUACAACUCCCUGACUGCUUUGGACAGCUCCCUGCGUCUCUUGUCAGUUGUGCGCUUCUUGAACCUGAGCCACAAUCAUGUCCGGGACUGCGAGGCUUUCCUGAUGGACUUGUCUGAGCUCUACCAUCUGGACGUCUCCUAUAACUGCCUGCGUUUGGUGCCCAGGAUGGGACCCUCAGGGGUCGCUCUGGGGACCCUGAUACUGCGAGGCAAUGAGCUGCGGAGCCUGCUUGGCGUGGAGCAGCUGAGGAACCUGCGGCACCUGGACGUGGCCUACAACCUGCUGGAAGGGCACGGGGAGCUGUCGCCGCUCUGGCUGCUGGCCGAGCUCCGCAAGCUCUACCUGGAGGGGAACCCUUUGUGGUUCCACCCUGCACACCGAGCGGCCACCGCCCAGUACUUGUCGCCCCGUGCCAGGGACGCUGUUCCUGGGUUCCUUCUUGAUGGCGAAGUCUUGUCAGUUACUGAUUUUCAGGUCAGCUGGUUUGUAAAGCAGCACCGGGACCUUGAGCUCAUGAACAGCUUCCGGGAACGGUUUGGCUGUGACUGGCUGCAGUAUAGGAAUCACUUGGAAACUUCUGAGAACCCCCAUCUGGCUACCUCCAAGACCUCUGACCUCAGCAGUCUGCCCCCGGAUGCCCUGGGCCCAGAGCCUCUGCCACCAGAAGAAGCUGACAGCCCUGAGGAGUCAGCGCAGGAGGCAUCAGAGGAGAUCAGGGUGGGGCCAGAGCCCCAGGAGGAAGAGGAGAUGGAGGAACCAGAAGAAGAGGAAGGAAAGGAGGACCAGGAGGAGGAAGAGGAGCAGGAUGAAGUGGAAGCGGAGCUGUGCCGCCCCAUGUUGGUGUGCCCCCUGCAGGGGCCUGAGGGUGUGCGGGGCAGGGAGCGCUUCCUCCGGGUCACCUCAGCCCACCUGUUUGAGGUGGAACUCCAGGCAGCUCGAAUCUUGGAACGGCUGGAGCUUCAGAGUCUGGAGGCAGCUGAGAUCGAGCCUGUGACCCAAACCCAGAGAGAACUAGCGCCUGGCGACUCUGAUGGAUUAGCAGUGGGGAGGCCGGGCCGAGACGUUGUCACAAGUAACUCAGCUCUCAGCCUGGCACCUGCCUCCCUGGUUCUGUGUUCUUGUUUCUCGUCAGUUUUCUCUUCUCCUCAGGUGCCACUGGUGUUGGCAGGCCACAGGGGAGAGUUUCUGUGUCUCGUGGUGGUGUCUGACCGCAGGCUUUACGUGUUGAGGGUGACAGGGGAGAUCCGCGGGCCUCCGGCUGGCUGGCUACAGCCGACCCUGGCCGUCCCCCUGCAGGAUCUGAGCGGCCUAGAGCUAGGCCUGGCAGGACAGAGCCUGCGGCUCGAGUGGGCAGCUGGAGGGAGCAGUUGCGUCCUACUGCCCCGAGAUGUCAAGCAUUGCCGGGCCUUCCUGGGGGAGCUCACUGAUGUCUUGCAGUCUCUGCCCCCCACCUGGAGGAGCUGCGUGAGGGCCACGGAGGAGGUGGUGACCCCCCAGCACCGGCUCUGGCCACUGCUGGACAAAGACUCUUCCCUGGAGGCUCCCCGGUUCUUCUACCUUCGGGUGUUCCUGGUGGAAGGCUCCUCUCCAUGCCCUGUGUCCCUGCUGCUGACUCUGUCCACCCUGUACCUGUUAGACGAGCACCCUGCCGGACCCCAGGCAGAGCCGCCUCCUCCAGCAGCAUCUGGCAAAGCUUCUGAGAAGACCGCUCCCUUGGGGCCAGGCCCUUCUGUGGGUGUCAGGGAGCAGCAGCCACUCAGCAGCCUGAGCUCAGUGCUGCUCUACCGCACAGCCCCGAGGGACUUCCGGCUGGUCUUCUACGAUGAGGUGUGGAGGGGGCUGUGGGAGACGGGUGCAGGCUUGGAGUCUGGCUCAAGACAGGCGGCAGAGUUCCCCAGCCUUUGGGCGCUGGCCAGUGAGGCCCUGAAUGACUGA